AGAGAGAAAGAGACAGAGCCCAUUGUGGACUGCUCCCCAGACAACCUUUUUCUAUUUUUGGGCAUUCAAUUCCCUCCUCCUACUUCCCACUCUCUCUCUCUCUCUCUCUCUCCUCCCCUCGAGCAAGUUACGCGACCCCCUCCCUAGGGUUUUCCUAAUUUAGCAAUCCCCCGACCCCUCUCUCUCUCUCUCUAGAUUUCGCGCUUGCUCUGUGGCAAGAAAACGGCUUAAAAAGAUCCCCCCUUUAUUGGGGUGCAGUGCAUAGUACAAGACUACAAGUAGCAGAGUCUGGAGGGGUUCGCCCCGAGACACGAGCGGCGUAAAGUUAUCCGGAGAUACUUAGGUGGGUGUUUUGGAUUGUACCCAGAAUUUGCUGCUACGAAAAGGGGUUGCGGCUUUCGCCUUUUCUUGAUCGGUACCUGGGUCAAGAUUUCAGAUUUCUGUUCGCCCGACGUCAAAUUAGCACGUGAACUGCGCCGGCUUUCGGGUCUGAAUGAGUUUUGUUUUAUCUCAAAGAGGGUGUUUGCUAUUUGAUUUUGGAAGAGCUGGUCUUACUGUCCAAUCCUGACGGUGAACGAUUUCGAUAGUUGGUUUUGAAACUUGCUGCAAUUGUCGUGUGAUCUCAGUUGCAGGGUAGCCAAUUGUAGGAAGAUGUCGUGAACAGCAUGACUUACUCGAGUGAGCACGAUCUGAUAGGACUCUAGCAUUUUCUUGUACUAGUUGGCGGGGAAGGUUUUUUUUCUUUUUCACUUCAAAUGGAAUACCCCUUUUCUUCCAAAGAGAAGGGUAUGGGUUACUGGACUCCUCCAGGAGUGCAGGCGGACAGCUCUGCUUCUUUGGAUAAUGGCACAAGAAAUUCGAUCUUGGAGGAUCCUUUUGGGAACUUUGCCGAGCUGAUGAAUUUCGAUGGUUAUGCUGGAUUAUGCAACAGUCCAUCUACAACAGAGCAGAUACUUGCAUCCUAUGGGUUACCGAUAAGUCCAUCAGCACCGUAUGGAUCAUUGGAUACGAUGAAUUUUACAGAACAAAGUUCUUUUUACUAUCCCGACCGUGGCGGGGUGUCAAAUGCUGUGGGAAGUUCUUAUGCGUGUGUGGAAAGGUUGGCUUUUCAGCAAGCAGAUAGCCAACUUGAUUAUCAGUUGGAUUCCAAUGACCAAAAUGAUUCAGGGCCUAAACAAGGUGAAGGUGCCCUUGGGCGACUUGGUAUUUCUGAUGUGGCUAAUAAUGCAAUAGCCAGGCCUCUUACUCGUUCAUUAGAUGAGAAGAUGCUGAGGGCGCUCUCCUUGUUCAAGGAGUAUUCUGGAGGGGGAAUUCUGGCUCAGGUCUGGGUCCCCAUAAAGCUUGGGGAUCAGUAUGUCUUAAGCACCUGUGAGCAACCUUAUUUACUUGACAAAAUGCUAGAAGGAUAUCGAGAAGUAUCCAGAACAUUUACCUUCUCCGCCGAGGAAAAACUGGGAACUUUUCUGGGCCUUCCUGGUCGUGUUUUUACAUCGAAAGUUCCAGAAUGGACUUCUAACGUAAUGUAUUACAGUAAUAGUGAAUAUUUACGGGUAAAACAUGCAGUUCACCACAAUAUCCGUGGUUCUAUUGCCUUACCAGUUUUUGACUCUUCUGAUAAGUCCUGCUGUGCGGUGCUGGAACUUGUCACUAUGAAAGAAAAACCCAACUUCGACUCGGAAAUGGAGAAAGUGUGCCUUGCCCUCCAGGCUGUAAAUUUGAGAACCACACCACCGCCACGGCUUCUUCCACAGUGCCUCUCCAGUAAUCAGAGAGCUGCCUUGGCUGAAAUAACAGAUGUCUUGCGCGCUGUAUGUCACGCGCAUAGGUUUCCAUUGGCUUUGACAUGGAUCCCGUGCUGUUUUUCUGAGGGAGCUGCUGAUGAAAUACUAAGAGUACGCGUUAGGGAUGGUAACAGAAAUGCUAAUGAGAAAUGCAUCUUAUGCAUUGACGAUACUGCUUGUUAUGUGAAUGAUAAGCAGAUGCAAGGAUUUGUUCAUGCAUGUGCAGAGCACUAUCUUGAGGAAGGGCAAGGAAUAGCUGGAAAAGCACUUCAAUCAAAUCAUCCCUUUUUCUAUCCUGACGUUAAGGCCUAUGACAUUUAUCAGUAUCCUCUCGUCCAUCACGCGCGCAGGUUUGGCCUGAAUGCUGCUGUUGCAAUUAGGCUGAGAAGCACCUUUACAGGUGAUGAUGAUUACAUUUUGGAGUUUUUUCUACCUGUCAACAUAAAAGGAAGUGCAGAGCAACAACUAUUGUUGGACAACCUCUCACGUACAAUGCAGAGGAUUUGUAAAACUUUGAGGACAGUAUCAGAUGCAGAAUUAUUCAGUACAGAAGGCUCUAAAGUUGAGUCACAGGAAGUAUCACUCCCAAACAUUUCAUCAAUUCCCACUUAUAGAGGGAGCCAUCAGACAGUUUUAUCCGAUAACAGCACGUCUUCAAUGGAUAGGGGGCCCUCAAAUGUAUCUACGCCAAGAAGAACGGUCUCGGAUCUUCCUCGAAAGCAGGUGGCGAGUGUAUCACGAAGACAGCAUGAAAAAAAGCGGAGUACAGCAGAGAAAACAGUGAGUUUGAGUGUUCUCCAGCAGUAUUUCUCGGGGAGUCUGAAGGAUGCUGCGAAAAGCAUUGGUGUUUGCCCCACAACACUGAAAAGGAUAUGCAGACAACAUGGAAUUUCAAGAUGGCCAUCUCGCAAGAUAAACAAGGUGAACAGAUCGUUGAAAAAAAUACAAACCGUGCUCGAUUCUGUUCAGGGAGUUGAGGGAGGGUUGAAGUUUGACCCAAACACUGGAGGAUUUGUGGCGGCAGGUUCGACGAUCCAAGAAUUUGAUGCGCAGAAGAACUUCAUACCUGAUAAAAAACCAGAAGUGCAAAAUCAAGAAGCAUCUAUCCAAGAAGAGGAAAAAUCAAAUCCAUUUGUUUGUGGUAAUAAUUCUGCCAUUAAAUUGGAAGAUGAGUAUUGUGUCGGUGGAGACCACUCGGGGCCCUCAACCUCGAGCUUGCAUUUGCUCAACAUUUGUCACGGGGAAGCGAAGAAAACAAGUUUCAGUCAGAUUGAAUAUAGGGAAGAUUCCAAAUCAACUGCAGUUGAUGAUGGUAUUGUUGAGCAUAACAGACCUGCUUCUUGCAGCAUGACAGAUUCUUCGAAUGGCUCCAGUUCGAUCAUGCACGUCAGUUCCUCAAGUUCUCACAGCUUUGAGGAAGGACAGUAUUCUAAAGAAAGAACGAGCUCACAUGAUAGUGGGUCUAAAGUUACUGUGAAAGCGACCUACAAAGACGACACGAUACGUUUCAAGUUCGAGCCUUCCGCCGGGUGUUUCCAACUUUACGAAGAAGUGUCCGUGAGAUUCAAAUUGCAAAACGGGACGUUUCAGCUCAAGUACUUGGACGAUGAGGACGAAUGGGUGAUGCUGGUUAGCGAUUCGGAUUUGCAGGAAUGCCUCGAGAUUAUGGAAUAUGUCGGUACACGGAGUGUCAAGUUCCUCAUUCGCGAUGUGCCUGCUGCAAUGGGCAGUUCUGGCGGUAGCAAUUGCUUCUUGGCUGGAUGCUCCUAACAUCUGGGUCCAUCUUGUUGUUGGGGGCUUGAAAUUCGCCAGCAUCGUCCUUACCCUGACGGUACCACGUCCAUGAUUGAUCUUCAACGAUGUUUUGGUGGCACAUUUCACGGUUCUGAGCAGUGACUUGAAUGAUCGAUUGGCACGGGCACGUCAAGAUGAAGGAGGGGAGAGUGUAAGGAGAGAAAUGUUGGAAUCUUUUCAGUGAGUUUAGCAUCUGUAAAUGAUAGAAGCAGCUGUAGAAAUAGCACUUCCCUAUGGGUUGAACACCUUGUGGUCCUGUCUUGUUCUCCCAAUCUGUAUAGACUUUUUAUCAUAGAGUGUGGGGAAAAAUGAAUGAAAGGGAAUAUAGCAGGCC